AUGGCAGCUGAAGUAGGAACGUCACCAUCAACAAUGGCUCAGUUGCAGUCUGUGCAGAAAGUUAUGGCAAUGCCGACAGUAGAAGCUGCAGUUGGGCAAGUGAAUGCAUUCUAUAUCAGAGUAAAGGGUGCUCACUCGCUGUUAGAAUGGGCCCUAUCAACGGCGGAAGCCAGCGUAUCCUUCGCGGCGGCAAAAGCCGCGCCCUACGUGUCGUCCCCACUGGCCGCCGGCGACGCCAAGAUGGCCGCCGCGAUAGACGAGCUCGGUCGCAGAGUACCGCUUGUGAAUGAACAGCCUAAGGUCAUCGUGGAGACUACAAAACAGGCCGUGAUGUCGAGAUUGUCGCCACAUAUUAAUAAGGUGUUCGCAGCACGUGCAGCGGCGGGACAGCGCGUGCAAUCGCUUAAGGAACUCUCUUGGGCAAAGGCCAACGCUCUGCUGUCCACCGCCUACGGCCAAAAGGCACUACACGGUGUCGACAUGGGCGCUUCCUACGCCAUGAAGCUUUUGGAUCAAUAUUUACCACCUGUAGAACCUCAAGAGCAAACUGGUGAAGUAGUUUCAGCGAGCGACGAUCCAGCGCUGCACACUGUGCAGACCGUGGGCAGACUGAGCGCAGUGGCAGCUCGCCGAGUCUGGGCAAAUCUUGCAUCCAAGAUAAAUCAACUUAGAAAGUCGGGUAUUGAAUUAGAUGUACGACGAUACAUCACAGCUUUGUUAGCGGCAGUCCACUUGACUAAGAUGACCAAUGAACAGCAGGAACAAGAAAACGAGUCUAAGGAACCCAACCCCGCCGAACCAGCACCUAACGCUAAUCAAGCUCCUGCUUGA